CGUUGUUUCCACGUCCUUACUCGUACUUGUUGGUCAACCUUAUUCUUUGGUCAUUGUGCUUUACAGUUUAAUCUCCUCCAGUAAGCUUCCGAAACACUUCCUCAAAAUCUAUCUCUCUGCUCUCUCUUUCUCUGUCUCUGUCUCUGUCUCUGUCUAUCUUCUGCAAAAUUCUAUUUCAGACUUCAGGGUCCAUAAAUACUCUCCAACUUGACCGCCUCCUGUUCCCCCUCCUCCAUCAAAUUCGAUUAACUGUUCACUGCAUCUGAAGCUAUAGCUGCUUCCCCUGCUGGGUCAACUUCAAGGUCUUCAUGUGUUUAUAUAAGAUCUUUUUACUCAACUUUGCUGCAGAUUCUUCAUCUUAUGCUUCUUCUUCAUUUUUGUAUUUAUUGAAGUCAAGUCAAGGGCUGUCUUUGUGUUCUAGUGUUGAUUUAUAAGUCUCUUUGAACCUUUUAUCAAGGUGUUAGUAGUUCAUAUUUGGUUCUUGCUUGUUAACCAUGAUUAGACUUAUGAAUCAAUCAUGGGUGUCUUUGUUUUUGGAAUAAUAAUUACUUAAAUCUACAGAUAGUUAUGCUUGUUUCAUUAAAAAAAAAGGAUUGGUGAUUUUCAGCAAAUGGGUAUUGCUUAGAAAUUAAGUUCAAGCUCUGGAUUUUCAUAUAUUUUUUUUCGGGUUUUUUUUAGCUGUUUUAAGCAUGGUUUUGGGAUUUUAAAGUGUUUUCCUCAAUUGGGUCACCUUAAUUAGUUGUAUUAUUCAUUUGUAGAAUUUUGGAGUUACUAUAUGAGGUUUAGCUGCUGAUUCCCUUAAGCCUUGUUAGGCCCAAGUAGGAUCUCCUAGAUUUUAAGCCAUGGAUAAUGGGAAUGAAAUGUCUUCGUCCUUGACUUUUGCUUCGUCAUCUUAUCUAUCAAAUGGGUCUAGUAGUCAAAAUUUAUCUGCAGCUGCCACUGGCUGCUCCAAUCUUGACAAUUUGAGUCUAAACAAGCUCAGCGCCAAUCUCGAGAAGUUAUUAAUUGAUUCUGAGUAUGAGUAUAGCGAUGCAGUGAUUGUUGUUGAGGACAUCCCUGUGGGUGUCCAUCGGUCUAUAUUGGCUGCAAGGAGUCAAUUUUUUCACCAGCUUUUCAAGAGGGGAAAUGGUGGUGAGGUGAAGGAAGGCAAGCCAAGGUAUUCCAUGUCUGAUUUAGUGCCUUAUGGUAGAGUUGGAUAUGAAGCAUUUAAUGUCUUCUUGUCUUAUUUGUACACUGGGAAGCUUAAGCCAUCGCCACCAGAAGUAUCAACUUGUGUUGAUGAUGAUUGUGCACAUGAUGCAUGCCGCCCUGCUAUUAAUUAUGCUUUGGAAUUGAUGUAUGCUUCUGCCACUUUUCAGAUGAAAGAGCUCGUUCUGGUUGUUCAGCGCCGUCUCCUCAACUUUGUUGAUAAGGCUCUUGCAGAAGAUGUUAUUCCAAUUCUUGUGGCUGCCUUCCACUGCCAACUGAACCAGCUCCUCUCUCACUGUAUCCAUAGAGUAGAAAGAUCAGAUCUUGACAAUAUAUCUCUUGAAAAAGAACUUCCUUGUGAAGUUUCAAAAGAAAUCAUAUCACUCCGUCUCAAAUCUCAGCAGGAGGCCGAACUUAUUGUACCAGAAGUAGUAAUGGACCCCUUACAUGAAAAGAGAAUUAGGAGAAUCCACAAGGCAUUGGACUCUGAUGAUGUUGAAUUAGUGAAGAUGCUACUGAGUGAAUCUAAUAUCACUUUAGAUCAAGCUUAUGCCCUUCACUAUGCUGCUGCAUACUGUGAUCCUAAGAUUGUUAAGGAGGUGCUCAACUUAGACUCGGCUGAUCUCAACUGUAGAAAUGGUCGAGGAUAUACCAUACUUCAUGUGGCUGCAAGGCGUAAGGAGCCAUCAAUUCUAGUGGCAUUGCUGCACAAGGGAGCCUCUGCAUCAGAAAGUACAUUCGAUGGACAAACUGCUGUUGCAAUAUGUAGGAGGUUAACUAGGCCAAAGGAUUACAAUGAGAAGACAAAUCAGGGGCAAGAAUCUAACAAAGACAAGUUAUGCAUAGAUGUCCUUGAGAGAGAAAUGCGAGGAAGUUCAAAAUCUGUAAACAUGGCAAUCUCAACACAGGUGAUAGCUGAUGAUUUGAAUAUGAAGCUUCACUACUAUGAAAAUAGAGUGGCAUUUGCACGGCUGUUGUUUCCUGCUGAAGCCAGGGUAGCUAUGGAGAUUGCAGAUGCAAGUUCGACCUCACCGUACACAGGCCUUUCAGCUUCAAAAGGCUCAAAAGGCUCCAGUGGGAACUUAAGGGAGGUUGAUUUGAAUGAAACACCCUCUGUACGAGCCAAAAGACUCCAAUCAAGACUGCAUGUUCUCCUUAAAACAGUGGAGACGGGCCGUCGCUACUUUCCCAAUUGCUCAGAAAGGCUAGACAAGUUCUUGGAGGACGAUGAUAUGCCUGAUGCUUUCUUCCUUGACAAAGGGACUCCUGAAGAGCAGAAAAUGAAGAAGAUGCGUUUCAUGGAACUUAAAGAUGAUGUGCAGAAGGCAUUUUACAAGGACAUUGCUGAGAGUCGUUCAGGUUUGUCAUCAUCUUCAUCAUCCUCAUCUUCUCCAAAGAAGGAGGGAGCUAAUCAUAAGGUUAGAAGGAAAUGAAGUUUUAUGUAAAUUGUAUUAUUCUUGUAACCCAUAAAGAGUUUACUAAAUUUUUAUUCUCAUAGAUCAUAUUCUUACAGAGCCUUGGUUCUGUUCUUUAUUGUAAUAAUAUAAGGACAGGAAACCUACACUGUUCAAUAGGAGUACUUUUUUUUUUUUUUGAUAGGAUCUCUAUAGGAGUACUUGUUAAGCUAUGUGGCUUGUGAAAUCAUAUAAAAUAAAAUAGAAAUGCUGCGAAAA